AGCACAAACUAGGAAGUGGAUUUCUUCAUGAGGGCUGCGACUGGACUGGUUCGAGUGUUUACCAAAGGAGGCAGAUGUUUCUACCACAGGUCUGUGGUUUCUAAAUGGAUCCAGAGUAAGGUCAUCUCUCUGGGAUGUCAUGAUACUGUUUGAGAGUAGGCUUUUUAAAGGUUUAGCAUUUCUAGCUGUUUUUGUCGUAGUAUUAGGUGUCGUCUUACAGCAUCUGGAAAAUUCUGCAUCUAUUGACGUCUCAAACAUGGACCUAAAAGCAUCAGAAGAGGCCUUCAGGGAACAGAAUAAAAGCUGCUUCAUUCUCGGUGGCACUGGAGAAACUGGGAAAGCCCUGCUAAAAGAAAUUGUAGAUCGCAAACUGUUCUCCAGAAUCACACUAAUUGGCAGACGGCAAAUCACCUUUGAAGACAAAGCCUUCGAGAAUGUGGUUCAGGAGGUUGUUGACUUUGAAAAGUUGGAUGAUUAUGCUGCGACGUUCCAAGGCCAUGAUGUGGGGUAUUGUUGCUUAGGAACUACUAAAGCCAAAGCUGGGACGGAAGGCUUCAUUCGGGUAGACCACGACUAUGUUCUGAAGUCAGCAGAGCUGGCUAAGGCAGGAGGCUGCUCCCAUUUCAAUCUUGAAUCGUCAAAAGGAGCCGACAAAACCAGCAGCUUCCUGUACCUCAAAGUCAAGGGACAGGUGGAGGCAGAUAUUGAGCAGCUUGGCUUUGACCGCUAUUCUGUCUACCGACCUGCUGUGCUGAUGGUGGACAGGGAGGAGAGCCGUCCAGGAGAGUGGAUGGCCAGGAAGUUCCUGGGUGCCUUCUCCGCCGUGUUCCCCACUGCCAUGUCCAUCCCCAUUCGCUCCGUAGCCAGAGCCAUGCUGGCCGCCACCGUCAUCCCCUCAGACAAGAAGGUGGAGAUCCUGGAGAACAAGGCCUGCUAUGACCUGGGGAAGAUGGGGGAGAACUGAGGGUUUUAUUUUUUUAAAUGUGUGGGUCUGAAAAUGGAUGAUUUUAUAUAUUCUAAUCUGUAUGCACUUAUUUACAGUUGAGGACGAUUUUAUUAGCCCCCCUCCUGAAAUUAGACAUCUCUCUUGAUUUCUCAGUGAGAAUAACCAUUAUUAUCAGUUCCUGAUAAUUUCAGGAGGGGGGCUAAUAAAAUCGUCCUCAACUGUAACUGAAAAGGGAACGCUACUGUCUAUGUGGUUUUUGUACCGUUUUAAAAUUUGGAGAUAAUCGACAUGUCCUUGAUAUGGAAAGACAAGGCUCAGAAUUUCUUACUGUAAUGUAUAGAUUUACUUGCCUCAAUAAAACAUAAAAAAAAUCUUAAAAUUGGAGGACAAUGGUUUGAACGGCCAAACUUGCUCUUGCUCACACUUGCUCAAAUAUCUGUUUAUUUCCCCAUGGUCAGAACAUUGCUGCGAAUAUGAACUGUGUUAAUAAUGUUACCUCAUGGAAUGUACAAUUGCUACGUUUACAUGAGGCAUUUCAUUUGGAAUUAACUGACUUUAAUUAUGAAUAAAGCUUAAUUCCGCUUUGAAAACGUGUAAACAUGUAAACACCUCUCAAUUCGGAAUUAAAGGAAAGAUUAAAGUAAACUUGAUGGAACUAUUUAAUUCUGAAUUACUAAUUCGGGAUUAAAAUCAUCAUGUAAACAUAGUGAUUGUCUGACUACCAUGACCAGAAGGGAACAUGGUGAAUACAGUGCUCUGCCAAUGCCAAACAGCCAUUUAUUCUUACAGUGUGUGGGAGAUUAUUGCAUUUGGCAUUUCAUCUGACGGCCUUUGUUGUGGUCCCUCCCUGUUGUUUAAUCCUGCAAACAUACCAAAAAUAUUAACAAAAGGGUAAAACAUUUAUGUACACAUAAAAUAAAAAUGUACAUGGCAGCUUCACAUUUGAUAACACACGUUCUUUGUACCGUAUGACUUCAUUUUUUCCAAUAAAGCUUUUGUGACGACCAUA